AUGACGAUGAUGCCGAGCGGCGGCGGAGCGCGGGUGCGGGCCCACUUCCGCGGCGUCCAGUGGCGCAAGUCCGGGCGGUGGUCGGCGGAGAUCAGGUCCAGAGGGGCGUGGGGCCGCCGCCGCCGGCUGUGGAUCGGAACGUACGACACGGCGGAGGAGGCGGCGCGGGCCUACGACGCCGAGGCCCGCAGGUUGCACGGCGCCAAGGCCAAGACCAACUUCCCCCCGCCGCCGCCGCCGACCGCCGUGCACGACGACCAUGUGGACCUCGAGGCGCACAUCAAGUUCCUCAGCGAGGUGGAGCUGGACGGCGAUCAGGAGACGCCGCCGGAGAGCCAGGUCGGCGAUGAUCAGGCCGGAGGCCAGCACCAGCACCACCACGGAUGUCGCCUUGACCAUCUCCUCUUGAUGAUAGCCUAUGCCAAGGAGACUGAUGAUGGACAAGGAGCGACAAGAACUGCUGAUCUGAAGAAGAAGGGCGGGAGACUGGGAAGCAAGGCGUGCCAGAUGAUGAACAAGAAGAAUCAGAGUUAG